AUGGAGAUAGAGAUGAGUCAUCCUGGUUCGAGUAGUAAUGGAGGUGGAGACGUGGAGAAGGGCGGUGGCGGAGUGGUGGCUGGUGCAGCAUAUUUGGCAUGGGAGGAUUUAACGGUGGUGCUGCCAAAUUUUGGGAAUGGACCAACAAAAAGGUUGCUUAAUGAGAUAACUGGUUAUGCUCUUCCUGGAAGAAUCAUGGCUGUUAUGGGUCCUUCUGGCUCUGGCAAGUCCACACUUCUUGAUUCCUUAGCAGGUAGACUCUCAGGAAAUGUUAUCAUGACUGGCAAUGUUCUUCUAAAUGGAAGGAAAAAGAGGCUCAACUAUGGUGGUGUUGCUUAUGUAACUCAAGAAGAUGUAUUCUUGGGGACACUCACAGUUAGAGAGACCAUCACAUACUCAGCACAAUUGAGGCUUCCAAGCAACAUAACUAAAGAUGAAGCAAAUGAAAUCAUAGAAAACACAAUAAUUGAAAUGGGACUUCAAGAAUGUGCUGAUCAGAUUAUAGGAAACUGGCAUGUUCGAGGCAUAAGUGGCGGGGAGAAGAAGAGGCUAAGCAUAGCAGUCGAGAUUCUUACACAACCCAGGAUUCUGUUCCUGGACGAACCCACGAGUGGCCUUGACAGCGCCUCGUCCUUUUUUGUCGUUCAAGCUCUCAAGAACGUUGCAUGUAGUGGUCGAACAAUUGUGGCUUCCAUUCACCAACCGAGUAGUGAAGUCUUUGCUCUCUUUGAUGAUCUUUUAUUGCUAUCCUGUGGAGAAAAAAUUUACUUUGGAGAAGCAAAAAUGGCAAUAGAGGGUUUUAAGAAUUUUUCUGGUCCUUCCAUUAAUUUAACAACAGAAGAAAUUCGAGCAAGGCUUCUUCAGAAAUACAAAUGCUCAAACUAUGCAGCUCGAGCUCGAUCUAGAAUUCAAGAAAUCUCAACUUAUACUGAAGGAUUUGAAAUUGAAAAGACUAGAGGGAGCCAAGCAACAAGGUGGAAGCAACUUUCAACAUUGACAAUGAGAUCUUUCACAAACAUGUCUAGAGAUUUUGGAUAUUACUGGCUAAGAAUCAUAGUAUACAUUGUAGUAUCAAUCUGUGUUGGUUCGGUCUUUCAUGAUGUUGGAACUGAUUAUCACUCGAUUCUAGCAAGAGGCGCAUGCGGUGGAUUCAUAUCAGGUUUUAUGACAUUUAUGUCCAUCGGAGGGUUCCCAUCAUUCAUCGAAGAAAUGAAGAUUUUUUCCAAAGAAAGGCUCAACGGGCAUUAUGGCGUUGGGCUGUUUACUCUUUCGAACUUCAUAUCUUCAUUUCCAUUCUUGGUUAUGAUGUCGUUUAGUUCAGCAUCUAUCACUUAUUUCAUUGUGAAGUUUCAUCCUGGCCUAUCGCACUUUAUGUUCGCCACCCUCGACCUUUUAAUCUCCAUAGCCGUGGUCGAGAGCUCCAUGUUGGUUGUGGCUUCGGUUGUUCCUAAUUUCUUGAUGGGGGUCGUAAUCGGGGCAGGUUUCAUCGGUAUAAUGAUGGCUACAUCCGGUUUUUUCCGACUCCCCAAUGAUCUUCCGAAGCCAUUUUGGAGAUAUCCAAUUUCAUACAUCAAUUACAUGGCCUGGGCUUUACAGGGUGCAUACAAAAACGACAUGAUCGGGAUCGAGUUUGAACCAAUGGAGGUAGGAGGACCAAAACUGAAAGGAGAAUAUAUCCUCACUUCCAUGAUAGGCAUGUCACUAAAACACUCCAAAUGGUGGGACUUAGCUGUGGUUACAGCCAUUCUUUUAGCCAACAGAUUUCUAUUCUUUGCCAUUCUCAAGUUGAAGGAGAAAGCUGUGCCGAAACUACGAACAAUUUAUGCAAAGAGAACUCUACACCAUCUAAAUAAGAGGCCUUCUUUCAGAAAGACACCUCCUUUCCAUUCAAAGAGGGAACACAUUGUUCAUUCUUUAUCUUCUCAAGAGGGUCUCAACUCUCCUUUACAUUGA